AUGUUUAGGCAGUCGAUACGAAGACUAGCUACAGAAGCUACACCAAUCACAACAUUAGCAACCACCACAUCAACAAUACCCACCACCGCCACAUCAUCAACAUUGAAAAUAUCACAACCACCAAAAUAUACAUUAGCCCAAUUACGUUCAUUCCCAAACCUCGAACCUAUUCAAUUUAUCCCAUUACCACACACAUUUUUCAAUACUCAUACACCAACAAGAAGAGAUUUAUUAUGGAGUGCAGUAGUUUACGAAGCCGAUUGUUCUAGAGUUGGAUCCAACUACGUUAUACAAAAAUCAGAUUCACCUUAUUCAAAUAAAAAAUUAAGACCACAAAAGGGUUCAGGUAGAGCAAGAUUAGGUGAUGCUAAUUCACCUCAUAUGGAUAAUGAAAUCAAAGCACAUGCUAUAAAGGGAUAUCAUGAUUGGAGUACUGAUUUACCUUCAAAAAUAUAUAAUAAAGCUAUUCAAGUUGCAUUAACUUCUCAAUAUAAAAAUGGGAAUCUAGUAGUUGUUGAAAAUCAAUGUGAUUUCGGUCAACCUAACCUUGAAAUAACUCAAUCAUUCGUAUCAUCACAUAAUUUAAAUAAUUUAAAUUUAUUAUUUAUAACUGAUUCAUCAAGAGAUAAUCUACAACAAAGUUUAAAAAAAUUUUUCUUAAAUGAUAAUGAACUUUCAAAAUUAACUAAAAGAGAAAAAGCUAAAGCUGUAGCUAAAGUUAAAGGUAGAGUUUUAGUAAAAGAUAAUGUUGAAGUUAGAGAUCUUUUAAAAGCUAAUAGAAUUUUCAUUGAAAAAGAUGCUUUGGAAUGGUUUAUAGCUAAAUAUAGUAAUUAA